AAAGCGGUAAAGGCAAAACCGAGAUUACCUCAGAGGCAAUCGUCAAACUUCAAACGCCCGCUCAAAAAGUCCCAAUUGAGCGGGCGGCAAACAGCUCCGUCGACAUCGACUUCGAGGGACAAGCCACACCAUCAACCACGUUACUCCAACGCACGAACCUACUCACACAACUACAGGGGACCUCAGACGCAGUACCCGAAGGGCAGACCCUCUCUUACCCAACACAGCCGCCAAUAACUGCUCCUUCGUAUGCGGGAAGGCUUUCUCAUUUUGAGAAGACGACGACACCCGAUCUGGAACCAACUUUCCCUGGUGGUAGGGCGAUUAUCCGGGAAGGUUUCUACAAAAAAGGACUAUCCAUUCAUGCGUCCAACAUAAUGAUUUCAUCAAUCGCCCCUUCUACCCUCAAACAGUACUCUUCAAGUCUCAAACGUUGGUGGUCCUUCUGUCAUCAGAACCGAAUCGACAUCUACACAUUUAACGUUACAAAGAUCUUGGAUUUUCUUACUGAAUUAUUCUCCAGCGGCUCAAACUACGGCACAAUUAACAGUGCCCGCUCUGCACUUGCCCUACUUAUCUCACCAGAAGUAGGAACCGAUUUUCGUAUCAAACGGUUUUUCAAAGGGGUUGAAAAUCUAAGACCCGGGAGGCCUAGAUAUGAGAUUACUUGGGACCCUCAUAUUGUCCUAAAGUAUCUAUCUUCCCGCGACAAUAAGUCCAUCCCACUCGAUUUCUUGGAUAAGAAAUUGGCUAUGCUGCUGGCGCUCACCACCGCACAUCGGGCCCAGACCUUGUCUCUUACUGACAUUCGAAAUAUAGAGGUCACAUCCGAUAAAAUACUCAUCAAAAUCCCCGACAGAAUAAAGACUUCCAAGAGAACCAGACCACAACCUGUUCUUCUUCUUCCAUAUUUUAAAGAAAGGCCCCAGGUAUGCGUGGCAACCACACUCCAAGUUUAUAUGGAAAAAACAAAAACCUUGAGCAGCAUCCACACAGACCUUAAGCCGGUGGAUCAAACAAGUAUUGAAGGAAAGUGGUAUCGACACGACCAUGUUCAGUGCUCACUCUACUCGCCAUGCGAGCACAUCAAAGGCCGAUCAUACGGGUAUCAGCUUAGAUGUGAUCAGGAAAACAGCGGGCUGGUCCUCCAAUUCAAAAACCUUUGCAGUUUUUUAUAAAAGACCGCUUCAAAAUAACCAGUCGUUUGCAAAGGCAAUUUACUCGUAAUAAGUAUUGCCUGUGUUAUGUUUAUGAUUAAUGUUACCUUGUUACACGAUUCUUACGUUACUUUACUAUUCUAUACUUCGUUAAUAAACGUUAAUAAAAAUUU